AUGGGUGAUUUCUCGUCUCCCGAUGGCUCAGGAGAGGACGAAUUCCCAGUUGAUGAUAUCUCUUUGGACAAGAUGCCGUCAUCUAAGACUCUUUCGGGUCAACAACCUCGUUUGUCGUAUCACCCAGCGGGAAAGUUUGUAGAGAAGCGCGAAGCGCUGACACUGCAACGAAUCGGGUUCCUCUUGUACCGUACUGCAGUUUUCGUGACUGCGGUGCUCUACAUGAUGGUAUCCAUGCAGUCAUUCGGCACGGCUCUCCUAGUUCUCCGCGGAGUUGUGUCACACGACUUGCCAAUCGAGACCCACUACUCCAACCUCAUCGUCGACUACAUUGGCACCGCAACAAUUCAAAAGAGUCCUCUAGUUCAAGAAGUCCUUGAAGGAUCCCUGGCUCCACGAAAUGAUUCACUUUACCUCGAAACUGCAACUGCACACUCGUUUACAAGCUGUUCGGAAGUGGCACAUUUUAAUUCCAGAAUCUACAGCAACGAGUUUCUGCGCUUCAUCUUCUCAAGGAUGCAAAUGUACGCGACGUACAACUUGUCAUACGUCAAGGAGCUCGAGUUAGUCGUACCCGUAGUGGAUUGCACGUUUGAUCUGCUGGUAUCAGGUGACAAGACUGUUGCCCGCGUGUACUACCUCACACGUCCAAAGAGUGAUCCGACUAAAACGGUGCUUCUAUCGACGAUGCUCUCAGCUCAAGAUUACGAGGUGGCACAACAGUUCCAGCGGGGACCAGGGAUGGUGCUUCUAGUCACACCCAUCGAAGACAUGCGAACCACUCCAUUACCUCACCACAUCGCCGUCGCGCUUAACUAUCCUUACGUUGCUGAGCCUGAAUUCGAAUACUCGGAGUUGAAAGGUGUUGAUGGAGAUAACUAUUGGAUUCUACAAACUUUGCCAAACAAGCGAACCGACGAUCCAGCCAAAGAAGUACGAAUGGCUCGUCGUUUUGGACGAUAUAAAGGCGACGUCACGUCACAGUCGAAUAUCGAGACAGCGCACUGGGAUCUCUCCCGUGACCCAGCAAUAGAGCUGCGUGAGUGGAGGUGGUACAGCAGAGCUGUGCUUCACGAUUCAUGGGCCUGGGCUCACGCUAUCCAUGGCAUCUUUGCCAUCAACGUCAUCUUCGAUCUGAGUGUAUUGACAUUUGUGAUCUACCGACGUUUCCGAAUGGGUCACAUUUGGGUCGGAGAUGCGUUUUCCACGAUCUCAAGCAUGCUCAUGUAUCGAGGUCUAAUCGUUCUGGUGUGCAAUCAAUUGAACGGACUCUGGACAAUCACGAAGAUGACCAUUUCCAUUGGUGACACCAUUACGGAUCAGCAUGUUAUCUUCUAUAAACCGGAGCUGGUACAAGCCGACUUGCUGGCCGUGUACAUGAAUUUAGUGAGUAUCUUGAGCUACCUAGCUCGCGAACGUAUAGAUCCGCUAUUGGCAUUCGCGACAUUUGAGCUGGGGUGGGGAUACCGUGUCGAGUUGGCCGAUUUUUUUCCACCAUUGCGAGCGAACAUUGCAGAAUUUGCCAUUGCCGACACCACUCGAGGCCUGUUGAAUGUGAGACCUGGUCUUGCAGCUUUGUCACCGAUGGAAUUGCUCACUUCAUACGGCAUUCCAGAAAACCGAUUCCGCGUCGUAUCGUCGAUCACCCUCUCAAUCUUUAGCCCCAUGAUCUUCAUUGUGGCCUAUAUAGUAGCCAGAAAAAUCGCUCGGUGGGAGGACCUGGGUGGGGAGAAUGGCGGUUCUCGAUCAAGUAGGUAUAAAGUUGACGGUCUGCAGCAGAUCGACCUCACAUCGUUCGAAGCAGCUACCGGUGCCGCACUGAGGAAGCGCUACGGCAUCAUAUCCAGCUACGAAAACUAUACCAUGCGCGACAACCAGGUAUUGGCGACUAUCGAUGCAGUUUACGGCAAUGGCUUCCUGGUUGCCAACAACAAGUUCCUCGUCGCAACCCAAGACCUGAUUCCGUUGAUACUGAUGAAGAUAACGCAUGUGCGCUUCACCAAUAUCUUUGUGUACGAAAUCAUCAACGGACGAGCUGUAAAGGAAACUUCGCGCCUCGUGUACCCAACAACUAUCAAGUGGUCUGACCUCUCACGUCUAGACGUGAUUGUGCUUUCUUAA